CUCUGCGAGGGCCCGGCCGUUGCUCCGUGCCCCGCCCCGGGCCGGGGAUGCGCUGCUCGGCGGCGGCGGCGGCUCGUCGGGGCUGCGGGGAGCGGGAUGGAGGUGGAGGAGGCGUUCCCGCUGGUGGGGCAGAUGGGGCCCUACCAGGUGUACCUGUGCGUCCUGCUGGCCAUGCUCCUCCAGCUCUAUGUGGCCACUGAAGCCAUCCUCAUCGCAUUGGUGGGUGCAACUCCUCCCUACCACUGGGAUCUCCAAGAGCCCUCAGCUAAUCAGAGCCAUAGCAACCAUUCAGCGAGUGAGCAGAGAGCUUUUGGGGAAUGGCUUCUGACUGCCAAUGGCAGUGAGGUGCAUAAGCACGUACACUUCAGCAGCAGCUUCACAUCAAUAGUCUCUGAGUGGUUUUUAAUUGGCAACACAUCAUACAAAGUCAGUGCUGCCAGUUCUUUCUACUUCAGUGGUGUGUUUGUUGGAGCAAUCUCCUUUGGCCAGCUCUCAGAUCGCUUCGGGAGGAAGAAAGUCUAUCUCACAGGUUUUGCCCUAGACAUCUUGUUUGCCAUUGCAAAUGGAUUCUCACCUUCAUAUGAAUUCUUUGCCAUCUCUCGCUUCUUGGUAGGGAUGAUGAAUGGUGGGAUGUCACUGGUGGCCUUUGUUCUACUGAAUGAGUGUGUGGGUACUGCCUACUGGGCAUUAGCAGGAUCUAUUGGUGGCUUGUUCUUUGCUGUGGGAAUUGCCCAGUAUGCUUUAUUAGGCUACUUCAUUCGUUCCUGGAGGACUCUGGCUGUUGUGGUUAACCUGGAAGGAACAGUCGUCUUUCUUCUUUCUCUAUUCAUUCCAGAGUCCCCUCGCUGGCUCUAUUCACAAGGCCGGCUGAAUGAAGCAGAAGAUGCCCUCUACCUCAUUGCGAAGAGGAACCGCAAGCAGAAGUGCACUUUUUCAUUAAAACUCCCGGCAGAGAGGAGCUCCAGAGAGGCUGGCAGCUUCUUGGAUCUGUUCCGAUAUAAGAUUCUCUUGGGACGCACCUUGAUCAUGAUGUUUACUUGGUUUGUGUGCAGCUUGGUUUACUAUGGUCUUACCCUUAACGUGGGUGACUUAGGCGGAAAUAUUUAUGCCAAUUUAGCCCUUUCAGGGUUGAUAGAAAUCCCAGCAUACCCAAUCUGUAUUUACUUGAUUAACCAAAAAUGGUUUGGUCGGAAGCGAACAUUGAGUACAUUUCUGUUCCUGGGAGGAUUGGCUUGUCUUAUUGUCAUGUUUCUUCCUAAAAAGAAAGAUACUGGAGUGUUUGCAGUGGUGAAUAGUCGCUCUCUGUCUUUGCUGGGGAAACUGACAAUCAGUGCUGCAUUUAACAUUGUCUACAUCUACACAUCAGAACUUUAUCCCACAGUAAUCAGGAAUGUUGGAAUGGGUGCCUGCUCCAUGUUUUCCCGUGUUGGUGGAAUCAUUGCUCCUUUCGUCCCUUCAUUGAAAUCUGUACAGUGGUCUCUGCCUUACAUUGUGUUUGGAGCGACUGGUCUUUUGUCUGGGCUCUUAAGUUUAUUGUUGCCAGAGACCUUAAACAGCCCUUUGCUAGAAACUAUUUCAGACCUGCAGGUAUCCUCAUACCGGAGGCUGGGUGGUGAAGCCAUGUCAUUGCAAGCCCUAGAUGGCUCACAGUCUGGAGACAAAGACAGUUCUGCAGGAAGUGGAAGUGAAGAUGAGGAGUUUUAUGAUGCUGAUGAAGAGACUCAGAUGAUCAAAUAGUGAAAAGAAGAAACACUGGCUUAUUUUAUGCUUUUUCUUACUUGCCUGGUCAGUCCAGCUGUAAGAUGAGUACUGGGCACCUCGCCUGUCAGGGAAUGUCAUUGCACAAGUUCCUGUGUUUUUCCUGACUAGGAGAGGGGUUUGAGUAGUGUUCGGACUAAUUACACCACUGAUGCUCUCCAUAUGAGACAGCUGUUCAAAUUCUUGUGAUUCAGAAUGACAGUGCUUGGACCACAUUUGAAGCCAGGUGAGACAGCAAGGGUGGGAUCAUGUACUUCUGAAACCUAGGAAAUUACCUAGGCUUAGAUAGAUUUGGACAGAUCAUCAAUGCACAUGUUUGUAUUUUACUUUCAAGGUGGUUGAUUUUGAUUCAGUAUAAAUUGACAAACUCAAAAACAUCCACUUUUUUUCUGGAGAGUGAAAGUGGUCACAGAAUGUGCUGUGUGCUGCUCCAAUGGGAACAGAUUCCUGAAAUUGUAUGUUAAAUUGGCUUCUGCAUACUGAGUAGGGGCGAGGCAACUAUGACCAUAAGGUUUCUCUCUCUGCGUGCACACACACCCACCUGUAUGUAGUUACAGAAUGCAGCUGGUUAGUCAUGAGUUGUGUGUAACUUGAUGAUAAUGGAAGGCUGGGAGGAAGGACUACAGAAAAGAGCAACCAUAAAGCCUGCAGACAUAAAGGACAUUACUGAUUUUUUUUUUUUUUCCCUUCUGUUCAUCAACCAAGUGAUUUCUUGGGCUGUCUUAUGCAUACAUUUACCACAUGUUCCCCACAUCUCAGCACUACUGUUUAUAGCUUUGCCUACUUUUCCCACUUUUCCCUAGUCCUCACUUUGCCAUAAAUAUUGAAGCUCAGCAGCUUCUCUGUGCAAUGAAAUAAUUCCGUGAAGGAUGUAAUUUCACGGGUGGGACAUAGGUGAGGUAUUUAUUACAUAGUGUGUGUGAGGUGUCUGUUAGAAUAUAUAGCUCAUUUUUGUGGGCCUUAUCUGUCUUUAUUUCUGCAAGAAACUUAACUCUGAAGUGGUAAGAGGAACCAUGGGUUGCUGUUACGUUUUGGAGGUUAUUGCCAGGAAGCUGCUAGUAUUUAUUUAAAAUUCUUGUGUGUAGAUAAAGUUCUCAUUUAAAAAAAAAAAGGGGGGGGAGCAAAAGUAUUUGAGACAGCAUUUGAUUACUUGAUGUUGUUUCUUAGCCAGGUGCUUGCUUGAGCACUUGGUUACGUGACCUCCUUGAGGAAGACAACUUCAUUCUCCUGUUUAUGCUGAACUUCCUGUAAGUGCUUUGUUAGAGGGAUAUGGAAUCUUGAAAUAUGAAACAUGAACAUAUGAAAUGUUCCAGCUACAAAGAUGAGGCCUUACAAGGAUUCAGUUUUCUUGAUCACAUUGUCAUCUUCAUCCUCUAACCUGUUGCUUUCUAUUUAUUAAGAUUAAUUUACUUAAAAUCCUUAGUUUGCUAAUCUUUAUACUUGGAGUUCUUAGAAAAUGCCACACAAUGGCAGCAAAUGCAUUGUCAGGCUUGACAGCCAUUUUUGUGGAUGUUAGACUAAAGAAAGAUGGAUUAAAAAAAUUCAAAAAGCUGACUGCUGAAUAGUUUCUGGUUAAACUGGGAAGCUCCUUUACUCUGAAAGGAAGUGAAAGCAGAGAGCAUCUGAAGUUUGCAGCUAGCUGCUUGAACGUUGCUGGGAAGUUACAGCUGGGAACUGUAAGGCUGAGCAAUGAGCAGCUACCCUUGCUGGUGCAGAGGGCAGCCCAGAGACUGAGGAUUCACACAUGCAGUCCUCCCGCUUGGCCUGAACUUGAUCCAGGCAUUGACUGAGCAAAGUCAGGAACUUCAGUCCCUAUGGACAAUGUGUCAGUAUUGUUUUGAUUUUUGCCUGUGUUAUGAGCUUCACUAGAAGAAUUCCGGCCUCCAGUCUUCACUUUAUUUUUUCCAGACUGUUGAAUAGUUGUUGUAGCUAUGGCAGGGUACUUUUAAACCCAGCUGGAUAGUCUUUCUGUCUUAUGUGGUGCUUUUGCAUGCAAGAAAAUUGCCCCAAAUAAGGUACUCAGAAGUACUUGGAAAGGUUGAAUCUAUUUGGUCAAAUAAUGUUUUUUAGUUUUGCAUUCACAUUUUGAAUUAUGGACAGAUGGAAAAAAAAGACUUUUUUUGUUGCUGAUGGCAUCUAAAUAAAUAAUACCUGCUUAUUUAGAAGCAUAUAGUGGUAAGCCUGGUGAUAUUAACAUGCUGACAAGACGCAGCAGGUUUUUUAGGUGUUUGCUGCCUCUGUCCCUCUUUGGACAAUAGGUGGAGUAAGUCCCCUGAGAGGCAGACAGGAACUGUGAGCCUUCCUCACUCCAUAGUUUUACUGUCGUCAUCUGCUACUGGCAACCCUGGCCAUGCCAUGGGACACCUCAACAUAAUUUUCAUUAGAACAGUAGGAUGUGCUAAUGGUUCAGGUGGAGGAGAUUGCUCUUUCCAGGACCUGAUCUGGGUUUUGUGACAGUCCUCAACUUAAAAUUAAAUUUACCUGUCCACCCAUGCACUUUGAUAUCAUCAGUAUACACAUGUAGAAUUGCAAAAAUGAGAGUGACGAAAACAUCAGCAAUUUUUUUCCAUAAAAGUUGCUGCUCUUUUUUAACCUUAUACCUGUCCUGUGUUUGCACCUUUCAGAUUUUAAAGGGCAGCAUCUUUUUUGUGUCAACCAUAGGAACUCUCGAUUGUUACUCUCCCUGGCCAGUUAAUUCAGAAGUUUUAUAGAUGAGAACCCUCCAGGAGGAGCUCAGCAAUGUAGAAUCAGGCUUCUUACAAUUACUUGCUCUCCUGCUUUGUGUUCUUAAGUCCAAAUCUGUUGGGUGCAUUAAGUUUCUUUUCAGAGAGGUUUGUUUCAUAAGAACUGGCCUUCUGGUACAGAAACCCUGUAGGAUCACUUUUCUCUUACCUAUAGAGUGUAAUGCUUUAUAAUAUUGAGAUACUUGUGCUGUAUGUGACAUUCACUGGGGACAGAUGCUGCACAGUGUUUUGUAGCCUACAUGGGCAGAAUUUUCUGUAUCUAGAAUGGAGCAUUAUUGCUAAGCAGAACUUCUUCAGUUGAGCAGUGCCUGCUGUUAUGGGUCCCACAACCAUGUUACUUGAAAGCCCAAGUCAGAAGUUUGUAAUAUGUAGCUUUGAAGUUAUAUGUAAGUAGUCUGCAUAGGCCUGAUUAAUAAGUCUGUGUUUGGGCAGUAAGGUUGCCCCAGGGAGCUGCUGGAGAGCAGAGGCUGAUACAGCGCUAGUUAUAUCAUAGUUUAUGAUGUAUCGUAAUGCUAAGAGUCUGAGACCCAAUAUCCUUGCUAUAGUUGAGUGAAGUAUGACAACCUUAUCCCAAAUUUUUUUCCAGAGUAGCUUUGUAUACUAAGCAGCCUACACUGUUAACUGAUUUUUGUGUUGUACAGGCACUAGCCUACCUACACCCAAGAUGGGAAUUCCUUCCCUGGAUUCCUUUGGUUUUGUAGCUGUCAGUUUUUUUCAGACAGCUCACUUAAUGGGAUUACGCUAGAAAUGAGAGAAGCUUUCUCAUGGUGCUGACUAGUCAGAUCUUAAUAAUGUCUCGGGUAUGUUUGAGAUUCUGCUGUCUGGGGACUUCACAAGUGAUGCUUAAAUACAGCUAGGAAUGAAGGAGAAUGACAGGUCGUGUGAGACAGCAUGCAGGAGAAUUAGCUGGAGGGAGUCAAAAGAGUAGAGGAUUCAACAGAAACACUUUAGGGCAAGGGUAAAUGAAAACACAAGAUAGUAGCCAUUGGGUGGAAAUACCCUUCUUGCUGCUUGUGUUGACUCAAAGCUUCUCCUUUCAGAGCUAGCACUGGUUCCAGGAUGUCCUACUGGGGACACCAGUUUCAUCAUUCCCUUCUUAAUAUCAACUUUGUUUAGCACUACUACUUUAGUGAUGAAGCAUUUCUUUUGAUCAAUAUAAAAUGUGGCAUGCUUCAGUUUUCUUUUGGACUCAGCUUUUCUGUGAGAUGGCAUGUCACUAAAACCAUUAAAAUUAGUAAAGCUCUCUUUUGGAGAAUGCUGUAUGACUGGCCAUAGCUUAAUUUGUCAGCUUCCCUUUAGAAAGAUGGAAAGAUUAGAAUUAUUUGCUGCAUUUUUGUCACACAAUUGAUACUUCAGCCUUCUAAAAGGAUUUUACUACCUGUCUAUUUUUGAUAGGCUGACGAGAAUAGAAUAUUUAAACUGCUUCGCCUGAAAACAAAGCUAAUGCUCUCCACCUAGGGUUUGGGGAAGUGCUAUUCAGGGACUCCCUGACACACCAGGAACUUGGAAGCUCAUGUUAAAGGAGGGCCACAAGUGGUGGCUCGGUGUUCAGGUCAGGGUGUUGAGUGAAGAAUGUGUCCACAUGUCUCCAGAGACACUUAAUUAAUAUGGAGCAGGUUGUAACUAGUUGCCACCUUUGUUACAGUCAAGGCUUUAAGGAUUGCAGGCAUAUGCUUCUCUGUUCACAGCACAGAAUCCAUGCCAGGGUUUCCAGACUGUAUGGACGUACUGAGCUUAGCAGAAUAUCCAUUGCAGAACCAUGGGGAAUGCAGUUGAAUUUACAUUUUCCAGCCUAUUGCAUCUACGCAUAUAAAAGCCUUUCACAAAAGAAUGCUUUUGUUGUAUUGAGGAAAAGGGGAAAGUGAGGAACAAACUUACUUUUCCUAGAGUAUGUUAAUGGAAACAUUUGAGCUAAAACUCUUGUUCCUGAGUCUUCUGCGUAAUCACUGGAUGCAGAUUUAGUUAGUAUUAUUUUGUUUUAGAUGAAGGAUGGUGUGCUAUGUAUACCUUUUUCCACCCUGUUAGAGUUUCUUUGAUCAUGCUCUUUGACACAGCUGAAUCUAGACAUCUGUGCAUGCGAGUUGUGAGCCUUGCAGUAAAUAUGUCAGAAAAGCCCAAGAGCGGUGCUAUCAUUUGAUGAUGGAAGUUAGUCUGGCCUGACACAUUUAAUGCCUGUGUCAGAAAUGUCUAUAUUGAGGUGUUUACCAAACAGGAGACUUGGGGUAUAGCUCUGUUUUGAGUCUCAUUGCUUGUAUCUUACUACAAGAAGAAUUAAGUGGAAGAAAGAUACCUACGUAAGAGAACCUCUGACAGAUCUAAAUGCAAAAUUGAAGGGUGAACAGAUUUAUACAGAUUUUUUCCAUGCUGUGUAUUUGUAAGUCCAGUCUCUUCCAGCCUUCAGAUUUUCCAGGUGCUACUGUUAUUUAAGUCUAAUAGAGCUGGGUAAAACUUUCAGCCUAACAGUCCGAAUUUACUGAACUCUCUCGUCUUAUUUCUGGUACAACUUGUUGUUUCUGUCAUUCUGAAAAAAGCUCCUGUAUUGCCUAAUGGGGAACAGAUUUUUCUGUUCUAAUUUGAAGUGCCUGUUUUAUAAGCGUUGUCUUUAAUUUCCUCAGUCAACUUGAUAUGGGACUGUGUGUAAAGAGACAUCAUAGAAUUGGAUUAUAUAAGUGCCAAAGACAGUUUUUGCUGGAAAGCGAUGGUCCAAAACUAGUUCUAACUGCAUUCAUUUGGAAUUCUUCCAUGCAGCCUGCGAAAACUGGUAUUUACAAGCAGCUCUGGAGCUUUAGGGGACAGUGAGAGAGUUACCUUUGUUUCCUUGUCUUUCGUUCAUUGCUCAGUUCACUCAAGUAGCUUUUGUUUUUGAGAAACCAAAGAAAUUAAAUGAAGGAUUUAAGAUAAAGUGUAGGUUUUGUAGAACAUGCAGAAUUUAUACCAUGUAGCCAUUAUAAAGAAAUCUGCAGAGCCUGUUUGCUUCUGAGUUGCAAAGCUCACUCUAAGACCUGAUAAAACCUGGUUAAAAGUUGCACAUUGGAAUUUGUUAGUUCAUUUGUCAGUCUUACAAAUUAGCAUUGCUAAUAACAGCUUGCCUGGAGCUUCAUAGGAUCUAGCAGAUUUCUAUAAAAUAUACAGACUGUUUGAGGCAUUGAUAAAUAAUAAGAUCUAGAGUUUAAAUCCCUAGUACAACUAAAAUUCACUGCAAGUCAGCCCUAUCAUGGCUGCUUGUUUGCCAGUAAAUAGGCAGGUGGAGAAAAGUUUGUGCAGCAAGAUCUGGCUGCCCCCAGAUAAAUGGUUUGAAAGAAUUAAUUUGCACUUUCCACUGUGCAUGCAGAAUGGUGUGGGACCAUGGGGUGUCAGGGUCCUCUCAUACACAGCAAGCUUAUAGAAUGGAGUAUGUUUAAGUACUUCCCCACCCCAUUUGCAAAAGGUUCGUAGAGGAAACAUCUUUAGGAUGCAUGUUACUGCUUCCCACCACCGCAUCUGAGGUGCUACUUUGUCAGGAGGCAGUAAAAGUAUGACAGUAAGAAAAACCUUUGCCAAUAUUGAAAGUUAUAUUUACUGAAAGAUAUCCCAGAGAGGUAUUUGGCACAUCCACGUUCAAACAAAAUGUUUUUGAAUGAUGGAAACUUCAUUGGGACACAGGCGUUUCUGAUGUUAGUUUGUAGGGGAAAAAAAAAUUUAAGUGUUGCAGACACUGAUGAAAACUGUUAUAGAGCAGACAAAUGCUGGGUGAUUUGUGAGAAAAGAACUUAUUGCAGUUGCUGUGAUUUCAAGUAAGCCUCUAAGACUGGUUUUGAAUAUUUGAUCCUUGUUGCUCCCCGAAGUCUAACCCAAAUCUUAUUUUGUUCUUGUGAAAACUUGAGUAAGUUAUGUAAAAAUUGGAAAUACAUUUUUCGUAUGGAUACUUUUAUUGCACUACUUUUCCUUCCUGAAUUUAAUAACUUUGAUUUUUUUUAAGCUACCUCUUUAUGUUGAGCUUUUUUGUCAGUUUUGUAUUUAAUUGAUUUUUAUGAAACUAGAAAAUAAUUAAUUUUUCUUAUUUGUGUGGGAAUCUAUGACUUAAAGACCACAAGUCCUCCUUCUAUUUAAAGUUUUUUCUUAAAGGUCUUUUAAAUUUAAAGAUUUACACUUUUGAAGGAGCAGAAUAAUUACACACUUAGAACAUGGGUUCUCCUGUGUGUACUGUCUGCUUUUAGAAGGGCCAGAAAGCUCUUGAUUUUAUACUAACCUGAGUUGAGGACAUGACUUUUUGGGAGCAAUAAAAAGUUUUGAGUUGGGGAGCUUUAAUCAAUUUAAUUUAUUGCUAAUUAAAGAGCUUUUAAUUACUGGUUUUGGUAUUGAAAGAAAAAAUAAAUAAAACACUUAAGGAAAACACUGCUGCUUCCUUCCAGAUACCAUUCUUCCCUCUCUCCCCCCAUGCUAUCCCCCACCCCAGAGUGGUCUCCAGUUCCUUGGCUGCAUGUUCCUUCAGCAGUGCAACAGGCAGUGCAGGAGAUUGGGAUCAGGCUGUUGUGCCUGCUGUUCUUUCACUGCUCCUUGUCUCUUAUUUAACUGCUCUCCUGUGGGUUUCUUCACCAGCCGCACUCCCUCUAGAGUUGUAGCUCCUCCUGAGUUUACUCUCAUCCUCUGCUCAGGCUAUGAUUUUCCUUUGGCGUUUUUCCUGCUCAGCCGUCUCUCCUUUCUGCUCCUCUUGUGCUGGCAUGGUUUUAUCCUUUUUAACUCCUACUGCUGUAGCACUGUAAUCUUUCUUGUCAUUUACUGCCCUUUCUUAAACAUGCCUUUGCAGAAGUGCCAGAAACUCCUCUGACAGUGUUGGAGUGCAGUGGAUCAGUGCCUGCUGUGCCCAAGAUGCAGUGGCCACUAACAAAACACAGGAGGAUCCAUCUGAACAUAGGGAAGAGCUUUUGUGAGGGUGACCAAGCACUGGUACAGGUUGCCUGGAGAGGUUGUGGAAUCUCCAUACGUGGAGAUAUUCAGAAACUAUCUGGACAUAGUUCUAGGCAGCCCACUUUUAGUGGGUGGCCCUGCUUGAGCAGGGAGGUUGGACCAGAUGACCUCCAGAGGUUCCAUUCUGACCUCAGCCAUUCUGUGAUUUCUGUGUGCCUGUUGCUGAGCUGGCUGGGACCAGAACAGGGCAGUCUGUGGCCUCUUCCCACACAGGAGACCCUGCAGCCCCCUUGCUACCAAAACCCUGACAGUUAUGCUCAAUACAUGACUGUACAGGGUUUUCUUCAAAUCAAGACCUUACAGUUUGGGUUGACGGUUUUUGUGGGUGGUAGUUGGUACUGUAUUACCUUCCUGUGUUACUGGUGUUUUGGGUCAAGUAAAUGAGACUCCUAAGGAUAUAACCAGACAUUUAUAGCCAAGUUCUGUGUCUGGUUACAUUUGCAUCCCUGCUGAUUUCAGAAGACAGCACUUAGAUCUCACUUGACCAGAGGAGCAGCCAAAGGGGUAAACUACUUUCUGCUCAACCCUUCACCAUCAUGAAAACAAAUCUUUGUAUAGUCUCUGCAUCCUGUAGAUCCUCAUGACAGUUUAAUUUGAAACAACAAUCGGAAGUCCUUGCCAGUUGAGAGUUGAGUAACAGGAAAGUGGGAAUGGGGGGGAAUGGAUUCACUGCUUCAAACAAAAAUCAAGUUGUAUAUAGUUGGUGUGUGUAUUUUUAAAUAUUUAAAUUUGGAUUACUUGAAUACUGAGUGUUAUGAGCCUUCCUAUGUUAGAAUGACUGGUGUAUUUCAGAAGUACUUUCUCUUCUUUAACUGUAUUAGUGUGCUGUUGUUAACUCCGAGUUGUACUGCUGAAAAGUCUGGUUUUUAGAAUACGUGAUUUGAGAAGUCACAACUAAAGACAGCAUAAGCUUUUCCACAAUAGGCCUUUUAUGGUGGUAUAUUCAUAUGUUCUGUGAACAGCUGUUGGAUCCAACUUUUUAAGAUGUUCUUUGCCAUACGUGAGGGGCCAUAACAAAUGUUGAAAUAUUCAGAAUAAUUGCACUUACCUAUUCUGUUUUCUUAAUGUAUUUCCUAUGCAUACUGCCUUACCUGUAUGUACUGUACUUCGCUGGAGGUACAAAAUAUCAGGUUCUUAAUUUAUAAAAUGUAAAUGAGUUUUAAAAAUAUUUCUGUAAUACUACAUAUUUUCCAUUGAUAUCUGUCUUCUGAGAGGGUGAUGGUGGUAAGCCCAGGUGAAUUUAGUCAAAAUUAAUAUUGGUGGUCUUUACAUUCUCACUUAAUUUCUGAAUGAUUUUGAUCAUUUGAAAUACAUUUUUUCUUUUAAGAUUUUUGUAAAGGCUAACCUAUGUUAGUAAGCCAACUUUUAGGUGAUUUGUAACAGCUCUGAUACUGCCUCUGACUCACACAGUUCAUAUAAUGUCUUUGUAACUUAUUUUGUGCCUUUUCUUCCCCGACACAAAAUAUCUCAAUAAAAACAAGCUCUUUUGCA